AUGGGACUGCUACCAGAAACCUUCAACAGCAGAGAAGGCCGACGGUGCGACGCGCGGCUUCUCCACCAGGAACCGCGUGGACAUCGGCGCGGGCAGCGUGGGCCGCCGCUGCGCGGAAAGACCGACCCGCGCACUUCACUACAGAACGGCGGCGUGGGUCGGGGAUAGGGGUGUCGGCAGCCGUGAUGGCGCGCGCCGCCGUGCCCUGAUCGCCGCCGUUCCAUCGGCGCGGGCCAAGGAGCUUGCCGAGGCCGACGUGGUCGACCUCGUCCCGCCCCAGACUGGCCCGCGCGGGGCCGAGGUGCCUGGGGUCGACCAGGUCCGCCAGGGUUUGGCCGCGCAGGCGCGCAAGCGGGCUGACCGACAGGGCGCAGAACGAGAGGCCAUCCACUUGAAAACCCACGGCGUCUCCUACCUUCUCCACGUGGCCGACGGGAGCUUCUGCGCGCGCGGCGCCGAGCGGGGCGAACAACCAUGCAACCUGCGCGUGGCGCCGCAGACUCGGGCAGGGCCCCAUGCUGCAGAGUCAGAUUCUAACGGGGACCAGGUAUGUUUGACCGAAGGCACAAACGAACAGUGCCACAUCCUCAGGGACCACAUGGCCGAGCACAGGGUCCGCAUCAAACGCUUCAGAGAGGUGAACGAGAGGUGCGAGUUUCAAUUGGGACCGGCGUCCAACGGCAACCCGCAGUGGCCGACCAGUUCAGAAAUCAGCGGGCACCGACCAGCUGACGUGACGUGCCAGGACCAUGGCGAGGGCCGCCGCGCAAACGCGGACUUGACGCCACCACAAGAGGCAGACGUAAUCGCGCGACCUCCAUCUCCCGAGCCUGCCAGAUGGGAGGGGCCAGCUGUCAUCCAGGUCCACGGCAACGCGAAGGCGCUCGUCGCCCGCGCCCGCGACCUGAUGACGCAC